AUGCCUCCUUCGCAGGUGCUUACGAAACGCGAUAACGGAAUGAGCCUAAUGCCGCCUCCUCCACCGCCGAAGCGCAUCAAACGCCCUGCCACCAUUCUCGAUGAAGAUAUUUACACCGAUGCUCUGUCGCAUAUUAUCGCCCGAGACUAUUUCCCUGGCUUAUUAGAGUCCCAGGUCAAACAGGAGUACCUUGAAGCACUGGACUCAAAAGACAAAGAAUGGAUUAUGACUUCACGAAAGAAGCUUACGGAUUUGAUAAUGACUCCUAGGCGUUCUCGGCCACAGCUUGACUCCGGAAGUACGGCGUCACAUUUUAGAAGUGCCGGUGCACCUAGAGAUACCCCAGCAGGCUGGGGAGGGGAGACACCCAUUUCCAUUGUAUCGGCGACAACAGCAGCUACGGAUACCACACAAAGGGAAAAGGGGCCGGACGUCUCGAAAAUGGGCCUUCUUGAUUUCCAGGCGAAAUACACCAGCGAGGACAAUGAGUCAUUCAAUAAGCUGUUGGAUACGCAAAACACCAAGCGUCGUGAGAAACAUGCUUGGCUCUGGAGUGAGAAUAAGAUUCCGGCUGCGCGGCAGAUUACGCAUCCUCAGCGGGAAACUAAACGCCUUGAAGCUCAGGGUGGUGACCCGGAUCAGCAGAGGCGAGUUGCCUUCAAGACAGACUUGGAUGCCCGGCCUGCUAAACCGGACGGGUGGAAACCCCAGGCGGAAAACUCGCUGAUGUUCCUGCCUUCGUCCAUCGAGGAUUCGUAUGAAACUAUCCAGCAGAGAGCCGAAGCUGCUUCGCGCGCUGGUCCAAAGCGGGUAGUAUAUCAGAAUACCAGGCUCGCCGAGGAAUCUUCUUCAGAAGCCAGCAACACAGUACCGCCAUCCCCAUCAAUAUCAGCUAUCCAAGACGCCAUCGCCGGCAGACCACGCCAAACAGAGACAGAAGCAGGCUACACCGGCGGCGAAACACCACGAGUAAACGGUUACGCCUUCGUCGACGAAGACGAACCCGAGCCCGAACCCACUGCAUUCCUAACCGCCUCUGAGGCGGACUCUGAAUUCAAUGACCUCGGCAUUCUAGGCGCCAGCGACACCACACCCAACCCAUUCGAGAUUAAGCGAAACCGCCGUCGCGAGGAUCUCCACCACCGCAUGGUCGACCGCGUGGCCCGCACAAAGCGUGUCGAGAAGACCGCCCAGACCACCAAAACGUCCCUCACUGUUACGCCGCGUUUUGCCAGCAGCCCGAGAUUGGAAUUUGGGCUUCGCACCCCGGGCUCCACAACACUUACGCCCGCGGCCCAGAAGCUCCUAUCCCGGAUGGGGACACCUAAGCGGGAGAUGCCGUCAUCCUCGUCUGCGCUGAAGAAUAUGUGGACUCCGACGCCGAGGAAGCAGAAGUGA